GCUGCGGAAGCCGCGGCUGCAUGUAAACAAAGCGAGAGGUCCGAUGAAGAUAAAGUCAGAAAUUAAUAAAAUAAAGUAAAAUAAAGUAAAAUUUAUUUAAACGGGCCUGGAGAGAAGAUUCUGAGUGAUGUAGCUCCGCGGGGACUGAACCAGAACCAGAACCAGAACCAGAACCAGAAUAAUGUCCAUGGAAGAUCCGUUCUUCGUCGUCAAAGGUGAGGUACAGAAGGCAGUGAACGCAGCACAGAGCCUCCAUCACAGAUGGAGCGAGCUGCAGCAGGAGGGGAGCGGUCCCUCCAAAGAGGAAAUGGACUGGACGACCAAUGAGCUGAGGAACAGUCUGCGGUCCAUUGAGUGGGACCUAGAGGACCUCGACGAGACCAUCAGCAUUGUUGAGACAAACCCGAAGAAGUUCAACCUCGACGCCGCUGAGCUUUCGAAGAGGAAAGCCUUCAUUACCAGCACCAGACAGUCAGUCAAGGAAAUGAAAGAACAGAUGUCGAGUCCAGCUGCUGCCUCCAUGGACAGAAAGAACAAACAGGCUCUGCUUGGUGAGCGUGGUGCUCAGGUUCCAGUCUGGCAACCUGGUCCUGAUAAAUACAGCCGACUGGACAGCCAGCUGCAGAACGCCAACUCUCAGUUUAUAGAGGAGCAGCAGGCUCAGCAGCAGCUGAUAGCGGAGCAGCAGGAUGAUCAGUUGGAGCUGGUAUCGGGGACAAUUGGAGUCCUAAAGAACAUGUCAGAGAGGAUUGGCAUGGAGCUGGAUGAACAGGCUGUGAUGUUGGACGACUUCAGCCAUGAGAUGGACAACACUCAGUCUAGACUGGACAACGUCAUGAAGAAAUUGGCCAAAGUCUCCCACAUGAACAGUGAUCGUCGUCAGUGGUGCGCUAUCGGUGUGUUGCUCGCCAUCCUCUUCAUUGUCAUCCUCCUCUUCUUCAUCCUCUGAUUGAUGCCUCCUCCUGUCAGCACGAAGCUCGUCUUAAUCCUGUGUCUACUGGACUCUAAUGAACUCUACCGGUCUCUACUGGACGCUACUGGACUAUACUGGAGUCUCCCCUGCCCUGCUGAAUCAACUGGACUUGGUUGGACUCUUCUGGACUCUGGUAGUGGCAGAUCUGGAGUUCUGACUCCUUCUCUGAGUGGGACUUAAAACACUUUUGGUUCUUUGACAAUAAUUUAUCGCAGAGGUCAAAUAGGUCAAAUAGGUAGAAAGAUACUUGUCUUUUAAUGUUUGAUGUUUUAGGGAAUUAUGGUUGUUUUGAUCAACUCUACCUUAAAACCAAUUUAUCUUCAGUUCUGUACUGGUUUAACUCCAGUUUAACUCUACUUUCAAACCAGUUUAACUUCAGUGCUGGUUUAACUCCAGUUUAACUCCACUUUAAAUCUAGUUUGACUCCAGUUUAACUCCACUUUAAAACCAGUUUAACUCCAGUUUAAUCCUAUUGUCACACCGGUUUUACUCCAGUUUGUUAAGUGGGAGGUUGGUGCUUGUUGAUCGGUUAAUCUGAAAACACUCUUGGAAAAUAAUGUAAGAACACUAAAACUUUUCAUUUGUGUUGAUGUUGAUUUUUCUUGUUUACAGUUUGUUUUUGUUUCUAUUGACUUUACGUGUCUGAAAAUAUCACUGAUGCAGUGUUUGACAUUUUAUUUUUUAUCUCGUUUCCUUUACAAUUUCAAUCCGCAGACUCUACAGUCCGCUGUUAAACUGUUACUAAUUCAAACCACACACUUCCUGCUGCUGCUUCACAAUAAAAGCCUUUCUCCAGGGAACCCCUGGAAGGCUUUUAAUGUGAAGCAGCAGCAGGAAGUGCAGCCCUGAAGAUUUGCGAGUGAGCUAACAGUGUGUUUGAUAUGAAUUGGAUGAAAUCAGUUGAAGAGGUGAGGUGUUGGACGAAGCAGAAAAUCACAUCGUCCCACAUCAUCGGAUUUAUGGUAUGCAUGGCAGGAAAAUCUCAACUUUAGGAACUUUUACACAAUGUCUGCAGGAGACGUAAUGUAAAGUAUAAGUAAAAAUAUUUCCUGUUCCUGUUUUAACAUAAUGAAACCACAGUGUUGAGAACUGAUGAGAAUAAAACUCAUUAAAAACAUAGUUAUACAUUAUAAACAGAUUCAUCUGUAGUGUUUAAACUGUUUAAUCUAUUUUAUUGUGUUUAAGUCUAAAAUCUUCUGAUGUUUCAACACUAACACAUAAUAAAUCCAUCCAGUCGUUCUGCAACAAAUUUCACUAAAUAAUUACGUAUUUUCUGCAUUUUCUUUCAGGGAAAAGGUCACAUUUUGUCUUUAAUGAUCUGCUGUUUCUGUCAAGCUGAACCAUUUAUAUUUUUCUGUUUUUCCUUCAGGUUUAUCUGAAACUGAAUCUGCAGAAAUAUUCAGUGUUUUUCAUUUUUCAAUAAAUCAUCCAUGUUUCCGUUACUAACUUUUUUUUCUGGAAAGAAAACCAACAUGGAAACCUGAAAUAAUACUAAUUAUGAUGAUAAUAAUAACAGUCACUCUGUAUUUUGCUCACACGUCUGAACGCAUCAAUAACUGAAUUACAGCUGAAUGAAUGAAAAUGUUUAGUUUGAAGUUGAACUGUGUUACUGAUAAGUGGUCAGUUUAUUUUUGAGCGAUGAUUGAUAAUUUUCAGGUUGAUGAUAAAAUAUUGUCUUAAUUUUAUUUUUGUCAACAUCUGCAGCUGAGUGAAGUGAAGUUUUGUGUCUGCAAGUGAAUUUUAUUUCAAUAAACUGACCCCCCCAACCCCCACCACUGAGAUUUAACAGGAAACAUGAAGCUUCAGUUCAUUGUUCCUUUAAUUUGUCUGAAAAUAUAAACAAACAUAUGAAAAACUGUACAGAGACAGAAAU